ACCAGAAAGAAAAAAAACUCAAAACCAGAAAUCCUCAAAACAAAACAAAACCAAGAAGAAAAAAAAGCGCCAAAAUUAGUUUUCACCGGCGAGUUUUUAUUCUCUCUAUGAGCUGACAGUUAGAAGAAGAAGAAAUAUAUCAGAAGAACCACGCCGAUUUCUCAGCUCAGGUGAUCAGAAAAUGACAUCGGGGACUAGAACACCGACAUGGAAGGAGAGAGAGAACAAUAAACGGCGAGAGCGGCGAAGACGCGCGAUUGCAGCUAAGAUCUUCGCGGGACUUAGGAUUCAUGGAAACUUCAAGCUCCCAAAACACUGCGAUAACAACGAAGUUCUCAAAGCUCUAUGCAAUGAAGCUGGCUGGACCGUCGAAGAAGACGGAACUACUUACCGGAAGGGAUGCAAACCAAUGGAUCGAAUGGAACUAAUGAACGGUUCUACUUCAGCAAGUCCGUGCUCAUCGUACCAGCCAAGCCCUCGUGGCUCAUACAAUCCAAGCCCUUCAUCUUCGUCAUUCCCGAGUCCUACAAAUCCAUUUGGUGAUGCUAACUCACUAAUCCCUUGGCUCAAGAACCUCUCUUCGAACUCACCUUCGAAGCUCCCAUUCUUCCACGGAAACUCGAUAAGUGCUCCCGUGACUCCACCAUUGGCUCGAAGCCCUGCUCGUGAUCAAGUAAUCAUCCCUGACUCUGGCUGGCUCUCAGGAAUGCAAACCCCACAGAGUGGACCUUCUUCUCCUACUUUCAGUUUGGUCUCAAGAAACCCGUUUUUUGACAAAGACGCUUUCAAAAUGGGAGACUGUAACUCACCAAUGUGGACUCCUGGACAAAGUGGAAACUGCUCUCCAGCUAUUCCUGCUGGUGUUGAUCAGAACUCUGAUGUCCCAAUGUCUGAUGGAAUGGCCGCUGAGUUUGCGUUUGGCUGUAACGCGAUCGCUGCGAUUGGAAUGGUGAAGCCUUGGGAAGGAGAAAGGAUACAUGGAGAAUGCGUUUCAGACGAUUUAGAACUUACACUUGGGAGCUCAAGAACCAGAUGAUUUUCGAGAAGAAUCAAUGUCGUUUGAUAUCACUCGACUCUCUUAUCAAAUUAAUUCAUCUCUUCCUUUUUUCAUCUUUUUUUGUCUGGUUUUUUUUAGUGUGGUGAUGAAAGGUGAUUGAAAGAAAGAAGAAAAAGGAACAAAAAACAUUUUGAACUCUGUUUUCUUUUUGGUUGGCUUUUGACUAAAGUUGUAGUUAGAAUCUAUUUUAUCUCCCAAAGUUUUAUCUUUUUGUUAUUUGGGUGAAUUCGAUUUGAGAUUAGUAAUGUUAUUAUAUCAUAUAUCGGGA